AUGGCACAAAGCAGCAACCUUAGAUGGGCCUGCAAAGGGCAGCGCCCCGUCAGAAUUGCAAAUUGUUCAGGGGCUCGAGGCGACCCAGGAUAUCAGAUGUUGCGUCAGACUAACAUUACAAUAGAGAUGAAUCUUGCAGAACAUGCGGAAGCUGUGAUAGCAGGAAAGCAUCCAGGUUAUGACCCUUAUGCACUUGAUGGCAUCGAAAAAUCAAUUGAUGCAAUAUGGGAGAAGCAAAUCAAGCUCAUAUUGAAUGCCGGAGCCCUUAAUCCGAGGGGUUUGGCGAAAGAAGUAUCAGAUCUGAUUCGGUCACGGGGAUAUGAUUUAAAAGUAGCGUAUGUUGCCGGCGAUAAUCUUCUUGAAGAAGUGCGAAAGAGCCUGGAGAUAACGGGUCAAUUACCCGCCCACCUUGAUUCCAACAAUGACCAAGUCCAAUUACAAGCGCAUGCUACAGAUUUGUUGGAUACACAUAAAAAGCCGGUUGUUUCUGCAAAUGCAUACCUAGGAGCUAGGGCAAUUGUGAAAGGAUUGGAGCAAGGCGCGGAUAUCAUCAUCUGCGGCCGUGUAGCUGAUGCCUCGCCUGUGAUUGGAGCCGCAUGGUUCUGGCACGGUUGGAGUGACACUGACUACGACGCUUUAGCAGGCGGAUUGGUAGCAGGCCAUCUGAUCGAAUGUUCCGCAUAUGUCACGGGGUCCAACUUUUCUGGGUUUACGGAGUUCGAUACGGAUAUGUUCCUUGAUCUACCGUUUGGCAUUGCUGAAGUGGCCGAAGACGGAACGACUGUGGUCACGAAGCACGAGAAUACCAAAGGCCUGGUCAAUGCAGAUGUGGUCAAAUGCCAGUUCUUAUAUGAAUUGCAAGGAGAUGUUUAUUUGAACAGCGAUGUUAAAGCAUAUACUCGAGACAUUGUGAUCGAGAACAUCGGUAAAGAUCGAGUUAAGGUCUCCGGGUUAAAGGGGGCACCGCCGCCUCCAACCACGAAGCUUGCAAUUUUUUAUCGAGGAGGAUACGAGGGCCAACUCCUUGUGAAUGCAACAGGAUACGGAACUGAUAAAAAAUGGGAGCUGUUCGAGAAGCAGGUGAGGUUUGGGCUCCAAAAAAGUGGCUAUGGAGACAAAUUUCAAUUCCUGGAAUUUCAAAUUUGUGGUACUCCUGCGGUUAAUCCGUCAAGCCAAUUGCAGAGUACGACUUAUUGCCGCGUUGUCUCACAGGCAGAAGAAGCAGAUAGCAUCAUGGCGGUUCCAAAAGCAAUGCAGGAAUUUACGAUGCAACAUUUUUCUGGGUUCCAUCUUUCACUGGACAUGCGAACCGCAAUACCUCGGCCAUAUUUGGCCUUCUAUCCUGCUCUCUACCCCCAGCAGGCACUGAAUGAGACGGUGACUUUCUUGAACCCCAGCGGAGCGGAUGACUUUAGCAUUGCAGCAGGACAUCCUUCGCGGUACGAGCCACUUGAGGCUCGAUGUAAUUAUGAAACAGAUGGCCCAUGCGACCUUUGCUCCUUCGGUCCUAUGAAGACUGUCCGUUUGGGCGAUAUCGCGCUCGGGCGGUCCGGAGAUAAGGGGGCGAAUAUUAACAUCGGGCUGUUUGUUCGAUCGGUAGCCUCAUGGGACUGGUUUCGUACCUUUAUGACGCGUGAAAGAAUCCGCGAGCUAAUGGGCCAGGACGAUCGGGGAUAUUUUAUUGAAAGGGUCGAGUUUCCCAAUCUCCUGGCUGUACACUUUGUGAUCUAUGGGAUUCUUGGGCGCGGAGUUAGCAGUUCGACGAAACUUGAUUGCCUGGGAAAAGGAUUUGCAGAUUAUCUUCGGGAUAAAUGGGUUGAGGUCCCCACACAGUUCUUGGAAGCUUCUGCGAAUCUCUAG